AUGUUAUUCAAAUCAUCUACAAUCGCUUUUGUUGCUUCAAUGAUUGCAGCUGCAGCUGCUCAUGGUACAGUUGACGUUUUCAGCGCCAACUACCAAGAUUACCAGGGUGCCGACAAUUGGGCUUCAGCAGCAAACCAAAACUCAGCAGUUAGACAAUUCCCAGCUAACACUGGAUAUGUUGGCGGUGACGAUAUUUACAACCCAUCAUUGAUCUCAUGUGGUUUGGCUGGACAAUCCCCAACUCCAACCGUCGUCACUACACAAGCUGGUUCAUACGUCAACGUUCACUGGAAAGGUAGUGCCGGUCCAGAUGGAACAUCAUGGCCACACCCAGAGGGUGCUGUCUUUGGUUAUUUGGCUCCAUGUGAUAACAACGACUGUACCACAUUCGACUCAUCUAACGCCAACUUCUUCAAGAUCUACCAAGACGGCCAUGACAUGACUGUUCCAAAUGAGCAAGGUUGGAUUGACCACAUGCCAUACGGUACCUCAAAUGGCAACGGUCUCUGGGGUGCUACCAAGUCAAUGGUCGAUGAAGGCUCAUGGAUUGUUAUGCAACUUCCUGGUGACAUUCCAGCUGGUCAAUACUUACUCAGAGUUGAGCACAUUUCUUACCACGAGGUAAAUGCUCCUCAACACUACCCAGCUUGUAUUCAAUUGGACUUGACAUCAACAACUCCAAACGGAUCACCUUUCCCAGCUCUCACACCUGCUGGUCAACUUUACAACUGGGACUCAGAGCAAGUUGAUAUCUACCAAGACGGUUUCGUAUACGAUAUCAACAAGGUUGGUCCAGUACUCUAUGCUGGUGCCUCAAACAAUGGUGGUACCAACGCUAAGCGUCGUCGUCACCACGCUGCUCAACACUAA